AUGCUAGAUAAACUGCCGAGAGAGGUCAUUGACCGCGUCGCCAAGUAUCUGGGACAAGAGGACAAAAUAAGCCUGACGUACGUCUCGAAGGAGGUACGUUUGGGGGCCGUGCCGAGACUGUACAAGAACCUGUUUCUCAAUGAACGCUACUAUAUGCCCAGCGACUACGACAGGUCAUUGGGGACACGCACAUGGUCCGUGCUGAAGUUCACGUACAACGACAUGCAACUGUUCACGUCCACUUACAAAUUCAAAUGUCUUAUUAGGACGCUCAAAGAAAACAACACAACGUUGUGCCCGCUGAUUAACGCGGUUCAUUGUACGUGGCACCUCGAGAGACAAGAGAUGAUGGAAUUCAUCGAUGUCGUCAACAAGUACGCAAGUAACUUGACCGUUUUCGAAAACUUCAUAAGGGACGAUAUCUCGAGGAAACUCGUGCCCAACGCAGCUAAAAUGCAAUCGCUGACAAUCACGCCAAGAACCGUCUUGCCACAGAAGGCACAGGAGGAGGCAAUAUACUACGACGGCUGGCUUUGGCGACUCUCCCAUUACAACCUGGACUCGAUCAGGCGUCUGACCGUGCACAUCAACGUGCUCAAUUUCUUCACCACUGAUGAUGAACCGCUGAGAUUGGAAUACCUGUGUUUGAAUUUGAGAAAGGACACGUUUGCAGGGCUCGAUAUCGAUCCGAACCUACGGCCACGCUACUUCGAUAUAUUCGACCGUCACAUGCUGAAACAACUGUCUCUGGUCUCAUGGUACGACACCGAGGACGCAGAUAUAAACAUGUAUGACGUGUGGCAACUGGGUGAUUUUUUCUACUUCCCAAAUGUCGAGGAUUGUUCCCUCGUGUCUUUGUACCCGAACGUAACCUUCUUGAAGGACUCUGGGCUGAAUUGGCGGAACAUGAAACGGCUGAAAGUGGACUACAUCUGCGAGCAUACCGUUGCUAGGGAGGUCCUUGAAUUCAUGGCUAUUUGCCACUGUUCACAGACACUUGAAUAUCUGGAAUUGCGGUGUCUAGAGCUGGGCGAGCCUUUGCUUUCGUACAGCGAUCAAGAAGAUGCAGGGUUUCGAUUAGCCAUUUCAUGCCAAUGCGACGGUUGCCAACGGACUUUGACAGACAUCAUCCGUAAAAAAUAUCUAAGAACAGCGGAUUCGUUUAAAAUCAGAGACUUUCAUGACGUCGAAUCGAGGAAUUUUGUGAUGCAGAUGUUCAAGUUGUUCCCGAUCCUCCCACAUUCCCAGGACUUUGACUGCUCGCCAGCGAUUGGAUACGUCUCAAAACCCAUAGCGGAGCAUGUUACUAAUGUGAACAAGCUCUUGCACCAUGAAGAAGGUAGCGAGUAUUACGUGACAGAGGCCGAUAUCAUCGCGUUAUAUCACAUGUACGUGCAUUCUUUGAGAAAACCGUUUGAUUACCUUCUUUCAAAGUUCCCAAAACUACGGUACCUCGCCUUAAACGAUGUUCCUACGGCUGUUGUCAAAGUGGACCAGCAACAAACUUGCAAUAUACCCAUUUUUUACAGCGAGGGAUACAAAAGCAACCAGGUAUACGAGCUUGUUAAUGACGAAUCACUGUUUCAUUAA